AUGAGCAACAAAAAGUGGGGGAAAAACCUCCUCUACGAUGACUACGAGGAUGACCUAGUGGACUACGACAAUUACGAUGAGGAACAUUACUCCGAGUUUGAGUGCCAGGAAAAAACGGACAUCCCCAAAACGAAGGGCAAAGAUGACGCCAAGGGGAAGAAGCCAAACCAGCAGGGUGCAACCACCAAGGGGAAGAAACCAAACCAGCAGGGUGCAACCACCAAGGGGAAGAAGCCAAAACAGGAGGGCGAAACCACCCAAGUGGAGAGCCAAGAUGACACCCCUUUGAAGGCCCCCCAAAUGGAGAUCCAACCGGACAGCCAAGGCAACAGGUGCAUCAUGCUGAGCACGCUGAACAUCCUGGUGCUGGGGCACAUCGACGCGGGGAAGUCGACCCUGAUAGGGGCCCUGCUGUACAACCUAAGCUACGUAAGCGAGCAAACGGUGAAAAAAUAUGAACACGUCAGGGAAAGUUCCAAAUAUACCUUCAUAUUAGACGAGGAGGACGACGAAAGGGAGAGAAACAUAACUCUUUUUAACAAAAAAAAAGAUUUCUAUGUGUAUUACACUAAGGGGGAGUUAGAACAAGCCUACAACUGUGUGGUGAACACCCAGGGGGGAAGCAAAAAAGGGGCCAAGCCCCAUAAGGGCGGCCACCAAAGCGCAGACGGUAAGAGCAGCAUGCAUGGCUCCCACACGGACAGAACCAUAUUCGCCGAUUUUUACAAAAACAAGACCCUCCACAGUGAUGUUCUCUUUUUAAGGAAGGUAAACAUUUUUGACACACCGGGGCACAACGAACUGGUGACAAAUUUGCACACGUGGAGCUUCUUUGCAGACACAGCCAUCCUAGUUGUAGAUGCAAAUAACAUUUACAGCAAAAAAAAUGAUGAGACGUACAGAAACGUUUCUAUAUUAAAAGCGGUGGGAAUUUCUAACGUCAUUGUAGCGGUGAACAAGCUAGACCUGUUCGAUUAUGACCCAGAGGUGUUCGCAGAUAUAUGCAAAACGAUAGAGUCCUUCUUCCAAUGUGCCAAAAGUGACAGCAUUUACAAUUUUGUUCUUAGUAAUAACUUCUACGUGCGGGUGAAAUACUCGCAAAGAGGCGGUUCUGCUGCCACAGAGAGGCUUGCACCGUUUGAACCCAAUUUAACGUUCAUUCCCCUUUCGGCGUACAAAAAUUUGAACGUGGUUAAAUUUGAGGAGGAUAAAAGGCCUCUACUGAAUAGCACCUUUAGCCUAUAUGAUGAAAUUAAGUACAUGAAUUUAAGGAAAGAUUUAUUUCGGCUAAAGGUAUGUGCGGAGGUUCUGAGCGGUAAGAGGACGGCUCUAACGGCUUACUACAAUUUUGUCAAUAAUAAUAACCUCUUUUCGAAUAACAUUUUUUGCAAUUUUUGCCAAGAUGGGAAGGGAGGCAUAACAAAUUCGAUGAGGAAAUCCCCAAAUGAAGAAGACACAUUUGUGGGGGUUGUGCAAGACUUGACAGAAACAAACAAUAUGAUCAGUGCGAAUAUUAAAGUGCUGCAUGGGUUCCUAAAAAGUAAAAAUAACUACGUCUUAUUGCCCGUUGGGGAAAAAAUUACGGUGAAGAAAAUUGAAAAGGAAGCCACUUUGUGCAAAUACGUCAAUGUAGAUGACCUUUGUGAUUACGUGGCCAAUGUGAAGAAUCUUCCUUUCAUAAGGAAGGUGUUAGAACAAGGAGAGGCACCCAAAAAGAGUGGUGACCCUGGGGGUAUUGGCAGCAAUGGUGAUACCCUUUGCAGUGCCCUCGACGGACAAGACACGUUCGAAUCUUUUAUAAGCAUUUUACCCAAGAUAAUAGCAUCGUGCCCGAUCGGCAAAAAUGCACACAUAACGAACGACAUCGUAGAAAACGUCUUCUUUAAAGUGGACGAGAACAAGAUAAAGAACGGGUCAGUUUUGGUAAACAGCGAACCAACCAAUUUGCAAAGAAACAACGCACCAACCAAUUUGGGAAAAAACGCCACCUUUGCAUGCAACAAGGUGAAAGUAUUAAUAAAAGUGAACCAAGUUAAAAUCCCGCUGAUCAUAGGACGAGUGUAUCUUUUGUAUUCCCUAAACUUUUCGCAUAGCGUAACCAUUCAAAAUAUUCUCUACGUGUAUAAAAAUAAAAGCAGUUCCUUUAGCCAUGACAUAGCAAGGGGGGAGAACAAAUUACACGUCGAAUGCAACACAAAUGAUGUAGCUCAAAUUACUGAUUUAAAAAAUUAUGUAAAAAAUGUGAAUGUGCUUUACGAAAAGGUGGAUAAUAAAAAGUGCUUACGCAGCGAUGAUAUUGGCGUCAUUGAGCUCCUCGUUAAUGAUAACUCCUUCAUGUGCACGCAGCACUUCCGGCCUGAAUUAAACUACUACAUCUCGCAGGACAACCCCUUUUUCAGCGUCUACGACCUCCUUUCGUGCAGCGUCUCGCCCCUCUCUCGCUUUAUUCUCUCUGAGGAAAACAAAAUUGUUGCCAGCGGUUUGGUGAUCGGCGAGGCGUGA